UAGACGAUAUGAAGUCGUCAGUGCAAGUCAACAUAGUCAAACAGCACAUGUAACAAUUUUCAUUCACUCAGGACAAGCUGGCGAGGACACAACGCGAGGGGCGGUUCCAUAAGUGACGCGAUUACGUUAAAUGUGACGUCGCCCAACCCGUUCAUUACUGGACAAAUGCAGGAAGAGAAUUCCUCUACCAUGAACGUGCUGCUGGUUGAGGCAUUUUACGGGGGAUCCCACAAACAGCUCAUUGACCUUCUGAAAGAGAAUGUGGAAGGCUGCAUAGCCUAUACCUUGCCUGCAAAAAAAUGGCACUGGAGGGCAAGGACUGCUGCCCUCCACUUCAUGCAGUCCAUCCCAGCUAGUUCCUCGUACAGGGUCCUGUUUACCAGCUCUGUUCUUAACCUGUGUGAAUUGGUGGCCCUUCGCCCUGACCUGGCCAGCCUGAAGAAGGUCCUCUACUUCCACGAAAACCAGUUGGUCUAUCCUGUCCGUAAGGUCCAGGAGAGAGAUUUCCAGUAUGGCUACAAUCAGGUCCUCUCAUGCUUGGUGGCAGAUGUAGUGGUGUUCAACUCCUUUUUUAACAUGGAGUCCUUCCUAUCAUCCAUUUCCUGCUUCAUGAGAAGGAUGCCUGACUACCACCCCAAAGACCUGGACAAGGUCAUCCGUCCUAAGUGCCAAGUUCUCCAUUUUCCCCUCCAGUUCCCUGAUGUCACAAGGUUCCUACCAAAUCACAAGCUCCUUCGCAGGGCAGCAGAAGUGUCUCAUGUUGAUGGCGUCAGUGCACUGCAGGGCCAGCAGCAGCACAGUCAAGAUGACCCACAGGCUUCAUGGCCUGAGGAGCUAGCUUCACAGGCCAGAGAUGUGUGCCUCAAUCCAGAACCAGGGAGGGGCAAAUUGGACCAAGAGGAGGAUCUAUGGCGAUCCCCUUCUAAUCCUGAGAACCAAGGAGCUGAGGGGGAGAAGGAUGUGAUGGCGAAGGGGAUUAAAGGAGUAGAGGGUCAGACUAAACCUCUGCAUAUUGUCUGGCCUCACAGGUGGGAGCAUGACAAAAACCCCGAGCUACUCUUCAGGACACUGUUGAAGCUGAAAGAGAGAGACCUGGACUUUCAACUGUCUGUCCUGGGGGAGACGUUCACCGAUGUGCCAGAAAUCUUUGCUGAGGCCAGGGUGCUGUUGGAUGCCCAUAUUCUUCAUUGGGGAUUCCUACCCAGCAAGGAUGACUACUUCAGAGUAUUGUGCCAAGCAGAUGUGGUUGUCUCAACUGCCAAACAUGAGUUCUUUGGCAUUGCAAUGUUAGAGGCUGUCCAUUGUGGCUGUUAUCCACUUUGUCCCAAGUCGUUGGUGUAUCCGGAAAUAUUUCCAGCUGAGUAUCUGUACUCUACACCUGAACAACUGUGUAAGCGUUUGCAGGGACUCUGCAGGAGGCCCCAUGUAGCAAGGAGACAUAACAUAAAGGUCAACACCACUGCCUAUUCCUGGGUGGCUCUGAAGGAGGGUUUCAAGAGCCUACUGACAGGCCAAGGAUACCACUGUUCCUGAGAGGCCUGGCUAGAGAUGGAGGCAGGCAGACGAGGAGCUGUUCAGAAGUGGGCACACUUACUUCACUCCAUUAGUGGCACAGUGAGAUGGAUUUAGAGAUUAAUGGAAAGUCUGCCAGGGGAGUGUCUGAGGCUGUCGUCAGGCCUGACACAAUGCCAUGGCUCACAAACCUGUGGUGGCUUCCCAGACAUAGAGUCUCAGGCACCUCUUCAGCUCCAAAUCAAAGCCAGCCUCCUGUUCUGGAGACACUGUGUUGGGACCUGUGAAUGUUGCCGUCUUCACAAGCUGGAACAACUCUCUUCAUGUUGUGGUUUGUGGUGGAGUUAGCGUGUUGAAGUUUUCAUAGGCAGUGCCACCUCAUAUAUCUGGUUGUGUGGUUGUAUCCAUUUUUAUCCUUUUUACUGAGAGACACAAGGCCCCCACCCCACCUACAGACACACAAAUACACACACGCACACACACACACACACACACACACACACACACACACACACACACACCACACUUUCACCAUAGCGACACAGUGGCAGCCAACUUGUGGCUUGACAUGCUGUUCUCUGCCUGUCCACCUGUGUUUCCGGGUUUGGGAAAUUUUCCCUGGAAUAUAUUUGCUUGAGGUUCCUUAACAGACCUUGAGACCAACUGGGGCUGCAUGUGAACUGAUAUUAAGUGGUUGUCAUUAUCUUAUAAUCUAUAACAUCUUAUAUAUUUGAUCAUUUUCAAGCAUUUGCUGUACAUAACAGCUGUCAAAAUGUAUUCUUGCAUUCAUCUUUCACAGAAUUCAAAUGCUGGCGAAUAAACCUUUUUGGUUAUACAGAAA